AUUUAUCAGUAUCUCGAAAAUUGUUCAUGAGAAUGGAUCGUUGGGCCGGAAAGUCCGCUAUUGUCACUGGAGUCAGCUCCGGAAUCGGAGAAGUUAUCACAGAAAAAUUAGUUCGCGCGGGUGUUAAUGUUCUAGGACUAGCGCGUCGCGAAGACAAACUUCAGGCACUGGCUCAGCGCUUCAAAAGUGCUAAAGGAAAAUUCUGUUAUCUGAAAUGCGACCUUCGCAAUGAGCAAGACAUACUUAAAGCUUUUGCUUGGGUGGAGAAAAAUUUUGGGUGUAUUGAUAUUUUGAUUAACAACGCUGGAGUUCUUUUUUUGAAUAGUUUUGAAGAUGCAAAAACAGACGAAUAUCAUAUACUUAUGGACCUAAAUGUCAUCGCUCCGGCUAUCUGCAUACGAGAAGCUCUAAAGCUAAUGCGCAAACACAAAAAUGAAGGCCACAUUAUUAAUAUCAACAGUAUCGCCGGUCACCAAGCAGUGAUAGGAAAUAUGCCAGUUAAUUUGUAUCCUGCUAGUAAAUUCGCUCUACGUGCAAUGACCGAAACAUUGAAAGGAGAGAUAAGAGCAAAGAACGAUAAAAUUCGGAUUACUGGAAUUCACCCUGGAGUGGUAAAAACAGACCUAUAUCACACACUUUCAGAGGCAACUACUGAUAUGAUAUAUAACACAAUGUCGUUUUUAGAAAGUAAGGAUGUUGCUGAUUGUGUUAUGUUUGCACUUUCAAUGCCGAGCAAUGUUCAAAUUGACGAGCUCACUGUAUCUCCAGUUAUGUAUAAAAAUGAAUCAUGAGAUUGUCGAAUGUUGUGAUCUUAUUUAUGUAUUGUAAAUAAAACAUAUAUAUAGAAUA